AAUUUGAGAAACAGUAUCAAUACAAAAGGCUUUCCUGCAGCAUCUCCAGUAGCGAAAAAUUAGCAACAAAUAUGAAGUUCCUGAUUGUCCUGUCGGCAAUUUUGGCUCUCACCGCAGCUGACCUGAACCUCUCCGACGAGCAGAAGGCUACUGCCCAUGCCAAUGGCGCCCUUUGCGCCCAGCAGGAGGGCAUCACCAAGGAGCAGGCCUUGGCCCUUCGCGGUGGCAACUUCGAGAACGCUGAUCCCAAGGUCAAGUGCUUUGCCAACUGCUUCCUGGAGAAGACCGGCUUCUUGGUUGAUGGUCAGGUCCAACCGGACAAGGUUCUGGCCAAGUUGGGACCCAUUGCCGGCGAGGAUAACGUGAAGGCCGUACAGGCCAAGUGCGAUUCCAUCAAGGGAGCCGACAAGUGCGACACCGCCUUCCAGCUCUACGAGUGUUAUUACAAGAACCGCGCCAAUGUCUAAAAAUGUGGUAUUAUUAUGUUUAAAGAUCUGUGAAUUGUUAACUAUUAUUUUAAAGCAAAUACAAGCAUCGUG